GCAGGAGAAAGCGCGGAGAGUGCAAGCGAAACGAUUCGCGGAGAUCUAUUUUGAAAGCGGAGAGUGUAGGUAAAACGAAGAAACAUAACGCGCGCCGAGGACUACACCCUGUACAUACAUACACAACACAUCGGCGGCGGCGCCGGUGGCGGCGGCGACCGAUAAUGUUCGCGCACGCAGAUAGGUUAAGGGAAGUGGUUGACCGCCGCACCGUCUCUGUUUAUCCGCGUUAACGAAGUCGUCCGAAGCACCUGAUCCGGUCGCGAUGAGAGAUUCGUAGCGGAGAGUUUAAGAGAUAACCGAGGUGCCGGGUGCCUAGAACGCAGCUGGCAAAAUGGGCAAGUUGUUGUCAAAAAUUUUUGGCAACAAGGAGAUGCGUAUUCUCAUGUUAGGACUGGAUGCUGCAGGAAAAACAACAAUAUUGUAUAAACUUAAACUAGGACAGUCUGUGACAACUAUACCAACUGUAGGAUUCAAUGUAGAAACAGUUACCUAUAAGAAUGUUAAAUUUAAUGUAUGGGAUGUAGGUGGCCAAGAUAAAAUACGUCCGUUAUGGCGUCAUUAUUACACAGGGACGCAAGGACUUAUUUUUGUAGUAGAUUGUGCAGAUCGGGAUAGAAUCGACGAAGCCCGUCAAGAACUUCAUCGAAUCAUAAAUGAUAGGGAAAUGCGUGAUGCGAUUAUCUUAAUUUUCGCUAAUAAACAAGAUCUUCCUGAUGCAAUGAAACCGCACGAAAUACAAGAGAAACUGGGAUUAACUAGGAUACGAGAUAGAAAUUGGUACGUUCAGCCAUCUUGUGCCACAACUGGAGAUGGGCUUUAUGAAGGCCUUACGUGGUUAACCAGUAAUCAUAAAUUAUGAGCAAAUAUUUAUUUUUCACAAAUUAGCUAUAUAUAUGUGUGUAAUACACGUUUGCUUUAUAUUUUUAUUUUAAUUUGUCAUGUGGAGGCUCUGUCAAGAUAAACAACUGACAAUGAUAGGUUUGAUGAGGUCUUUUUCACAAACAAAGCUAUUGUAUGUGCAAAAGCGAAAAAGAGAAACAAUAUAAAGACAACUAUUAAUGGUGUGUUCCAAUAAUAUCGAUACUAGGUGAAUAGUAAUUUAUUAUAAACUGAGGUACCAAGGGAUGUGACCUUUAACUAGCUAUUUAUCCCAGUCCUGGAAAUAAUUUACUGAAUAGGAUUACAUGACACGGGUUUAACAUCACUCUGUAUAUGUAACAUAUUUACACAAGUGUUUCACAUGCGACAUAAGUUGUACAAGUUAAAAAACAAAAAAUUACAAGAAAAAAAUCUAGUUAUGAUAUUAAGAGGUUCACGGAUUCACAAGGAUUGGUAUACUGUAUAACUUACCUUUGCGGGAUCUUAUCUAAUAUCUAUAUAAUUGUUAUUUGAGGGGAGUUGAGUUUCUCAAUUAGAGAGCACCUCAAGUUUUUAACAGAUUACAAGUAUGUAGAUUUUUGAAUUUGCAAUAUCUUGUUGUCAAAAUGCCAUCUAACAUGUAUUACAUAAUAUUCAUAUACAUAAUCCAUUAGUAAAUUUGCAGCACUUUAAACUUUAUAUGGUGCAGCGAGAUUAUUCUGUUAGUAAACAUCUAUUGCUAUUUAUACUUUUGUGCCGAAAAAAAUGUUCGUAAUUUAUUACUUUUUGGUGACGUCUUGGAUAAGUCUUCCAACUUGAUAAAUAACAUUUUAAUUCUUAUAUUUUUUUCUUUCUGUUUGUGUCAAUCGCUGGAUAUAGACAAUUUUUUUUUAAUGAUAUUUUAUUUGAAAAAUGCAAAGAUAUGUCUAACGUAUCACUGGCGUUCUGAUUAACGCACAAGCCGCAGAAUAUAAAAAACAAUGCAACAUGGAGUUAUCGGUUUACUGAUAUUGUGAGCUCAAAAACCAAAAACAAAAAAAGAAGAAAAUAAUGUUACAAAAAGAGCGUAACAAUAUUAAAUCUGCCAAUAUUUUUUACUAUUUAAGUGAGUAUCGGAUAAUAAAGCAUAUUAUAGUAUUAGGUCGCAACAAUCAGACCAUUAAACGGCAUUUCACGAAUGAGAUAAGUGUUUCUGUGAAUGUUUCAUUUCUCAUAGCAUAAUCUAUAGCAUAAGAUUAGUAAGAAUACUUCAGUUUCGUAUUUGAUUCAUAGAAGUUUACAAGUGUUCAAAGUGUUGAUAUAAUUAUAAAUCAAAUUGAAUUUCAAGUAAAUAAUACUGAUGAGACAUAAAUUGAUAUCUUGUUUACACAUUCCACGAUAUAUUAGCGAAUUAGACUGUUAUAGAAAAACAUUUUAAUUAUAUAAAUAAUCAUGGAUUUCUUUUCUUGACUAGAGACUUUUCAGACGUAAGCGUUUGCAUAAAACUUUUUCAUCAUCUGUACUAUUAAUAUUAAGUAUUUCACUUCAGAAAGAUAGACGUAAAAUUGAAGACAUUACCUGUGUAAAAAUCAUAAUCAGGCGAAAGUACUGUUUUCCAGAAUAUAUUAGCUAUAUUAAUUAGCACUCUAUGGCCAUGUAUUUGUACAAUCUCAUCUCUCAUCUCUGCAUUUUUUCACAAUAUUUCAAAUAGCAAUGUCAUUACGUAUUAUGUACUAACUAUAUAAAAAAAUAUAUAUCUAUAUUCUUUUAAACGCAAGUAUGAUAAAUUGUUACGUUUUACCAUUGGCUUUUUAACAGAAGCCGCUUUCUCAUUAAAGAAAUGUAAUGUUAUGAUAUUAAUUGACGAAGUUUUUUGUAUAUAAAUAUGUUUGAUAUAUUCCAAGUUGAUGUCGA